AUGACUUUUGUGUAUAUGAGUACUGAUAGGAGGGAAAGGGAACAUCAGUGGGCAUUUCUGGAAGAUUGCAAAGAGCAAUGGGGCCCAUGCUGGUUAAUUGCUGGUGACUGGAAUGACAUUGUUGAUAAUGAGGAGAAAAGGGGUGGUGUGAGAAGGAGAAAUAGCAGCUUUGUGGGAUUUCAGGAGUUUAUCAUUAAUAUGCAGAUGCAAGAGGUGGAUCAGCUGGGUUCUUUCUUUACUUGGGGGAAUAACAGAGAAGGGGAUGGUUAUGUGGAGGAGAGGUUGGAUAAAAUAUUUGUGUCUUGUGAGUGGGGGGUUAAGUUCCCCAACAUGGUGGCCUCCAAUUUCUACAGAUCAGCUUCUGACCACAAUGUUCUGCUGUUUGAUACUGAUAAGCAGCUGGAAAGGAGCCACAAAAGAUUCCAGUUUAGUAGUCAGUGGGCAAAUAUGGAGGGUGUGCAAGAUGCAGUAAAAGAUGGCUGGCAAGUGGAGGUAGAAGGCUCUGCAAUGUAUCAGGUGCAUCAGAAGGUGAAGCAUACUAGAAUGUCUCUUCUUGCCUGGCACAAGCCAAUCCACAGAAAUAGUGAAAAGGUCAUAACUACUCUCACAGCAAAACUGGAAGAGAUGAGAUUGGUGGGCAAAGAUAGGGAUUGGGAGGAGUGGAAUGUGCUAAAGUCUGAGUUAGACAAUGCUCAUCAAGAGGAAGAGAGAUACUGGAGGGUGAAAUCUAGGGCUUUGUGGCUUAAGAGUGGUGACUGCAACUCCAAGUUUUUCCAUGCUUUCACAUCACAGAGAAGAAGAACGAACCUUAUUUCCACUCGGAAAACCCCAUCUGGUGAUAUAUGUGAUACUCAUGAGGCUAUGGAGAGGCAUAUUUUCAACUUUUACUCAGGCCUUUUUACUUCAGAGGGAUCCAGUGGGGGUGAGGAGCUGCUUCAACAUAUUCCACACUCUAUUUCUGAUGCUCUCAACAAUGAUCUAAUCAGAUCUGUGGAAGAGGAGGAAGUAAAGGCUGCAGUGUUCAGUAUGGCUCCUGAGAAAGCCCCAGGAGAUGAUGGUAUGUCUGCUAGUUUCUUUCAAAAAUUUUAG